AUGGCCGACUGCAGCCUUAGGUCCCGUGACGAGGUCAGUGUUUCCCAACCAGAAACAGAUGGGAAGCGUGCGGCCAGGAGGUCGUUGCAGUGCGGCGUUUGUAACAAGGCCUUCAAGCGCAGGUCGCAUCUGCGAACACACAUGUUCGCUCACGCACGCGAAAAACGGUACGCCUGCAACGUGUGCGGUAGGAAAUACGCGCAAAAGAGGAAUCUGGUGAUCCACAAUCGCACGCACACGGGAGAGAGGCCCUUCGAAUGCUCGUCGUGCCCGGCCACAUUCACCAGCAGUGAGAGUCGGAAGAGGCACAUGUUGACCCACACCGGCGAAAGACCGCACGAAUGCAACGUCUGCGGAAGGAGAUUCGCCAGGAAAUCACACCUCGCUUCCCACGGACUGACUCAUUCGGGGAAGAAGACGGUCGCCUGCCACGUGUGCGGACAAAAUUUUUCCCGGAGAGACUACCUUCAGCGCCACGCCCGUACGCACACUGACGAGAAGCCCUACGUCUGCCACCUGUGUCCCGCUACGGAUCCAGCCAUGGCCAAAGCCGAGAUAUGGACGUCUCAACAAGCAUCGAGCCCUGUCCAAGGAUCUGCAAGGAAAAUCUGCGAGAAUAGGAGUCAAGACUCCGCCACACUAAGAGCAGACAAACGGAGUCCAGCUGUGACCAGAGCCAAGAGACAGACUUGUGAACCAGCCCAAUCCAGCUCUGUCCGAGAUUCUCCAGGAACAAGCGCCAUGAGUAGGAGGCAAGGCUCAGCCGCAUUGGCAGCGGACAAAGGUGGCGAGAAGCCGUACGCCUGCCACCUCUGUCCCGCUACGUUCGCACACUCGAGCACGCUAAAAGGGCACGUCGCAAGCCACACCGGCGAGCGACCUCACAAGUGCGACGUAUGCGGGCAGAGUUUCGGAUUUAGGUGCAGCCUUUCCAAACAUAUGAACGUUCACUCGGGUUCAAAGAAAUUUAACUGGAUCCAGCCAUGGCCAAAGCCGAGAUAUGGACGUCUCAACAAGCAUCGAGCCCUGUCCAAGGAUCUGCAAGGAAAAUCUGCGAGAAUAGGAGUCAAGACUCCGCCACACUAA